AUGGAGCCGCCGCAGUCCACCGGCAUGGCCGAUCUCGCCGCCCGCCUCACCAAGCGCCUCGCGGACGCCAACAGCAACCGCAACCUGGUCUUCUCGCCGCUCUCCAUCCAUGCCGUCCUCGCGCUCCUGGCCGCCGGCGCCGGCGGGGACACGCUGGAAGAGAUCCUCCACGUCCUGGGCGCGCGGUCGCGCCGCGAGCUUGAGGACUCCGUGGCGCGUCUCUUGGACGGGCCCCUCAGAGACAGAUCGUCGGAGCCUGACGGCGGCGGGCCGAGCGUGGCGUUCGCGUGCGGCGUGUGGAGCGACCUCACGCUGCCGCUGAAGGCGGCCUUCCGCGACGCCGUCGUCGGCAGGUACAGGGCCGAGGUCAGCUCUGUUGACUUCCGCAACGACCCAGAGCAAGCGGUGCGGCAGAUCGACGCGUGGGCCGCGGCGGCCACGAUGAACCUCAUCCAGUCCGCCGUCCCCCCGGGAGCCGUAGACGAGGACACCAGGGUCGUGCUGGCAAACGCCAUCUACUUCAGGGGCAAGUGGGACGUGCCGUUCUACGAGAGCUCGACCAAGAACAGGCCCUUCUACCGGCUCGACGGCACCGCCGUCGACGUCCCCUUCAUGUCGAACCACGACCGUCACCUUAUCGCCGAGCACGACGGGUUCAAGGUGCUCCAGCUGCGCUACAAAUGCAGUUCACGGUACCCUCGGACCCACGGCAUGUCUAUGUGCAUCUUCCUCCCGGACGCGCGGGACGGCCUGGCGAGCCUGCUGGACAAGAUCACGUCCUCAUCCCCGGCAGGAUUCCUGCGCGAGCACCUGCCGACGAGCACAGUCAGGGUCGGCAAAUUCGGGGUGCCCAAGUUCAAGCUCUCCUUCAAGAGCAGCCUCACCGGCGUCCUCAUCGACCUGGGGCUCCUGCUACCCUUCACCCGAGAAGCCGACCUCUCCGAGAUGCUGGAGGACGGCCAGCCGAUGAUGGUGCCAGAUGUGUUCCAGAAGGCCGUCAUCGAGGUGAACGAGGAAGGAACCAAAGCCGCCGCCAUGACGUUCUGCCCAACCAGUCCGUCAUACUCGCCGGACCUGUCACGGCGAGUUGAUUUCGUGGCCGACCACCCGUUCGCCUACUUCAUAGUCGAGGAGGGGUCGCACGCGGUCCUCUUCGCGGGGCACGUCGUCGACCCUAGCAACGGCGCCGGGGCGGUGAUCCCGUCCCCCGCCCCGUUUGAGGAGUGCAGCACAACAAAAAGAGAAGCCGACGAUGAGGCGAUGAACAAGUAUCCGGCUUAUGGUCUGUCGCCAGUAUACAACCCAACAUCGCCGGUAUACAGCCCAACAUCGCCGGUAUACAGCCCAUAUUCGCCGGUUGCCAUGGAGGCGCAGCAGUCCGCCGGCAUGGCCGACCUUGCCGCUCGCCUCACCAAGCGCAUCGCGGACGCGAACAGCGACCGCAACCUGGUCUUCUCGGCCGAGGUCAGCUCUGUUGACUUCCGCAACGACCCAGAGCAAGCGGUGCGGCAGAUCGAUGCGUGGGCCGCGGCGGCCACGGGGAACCUCAUCCAGUCCGCCGUCCCUCCGGGAGCCGUGCACCGGGGCACGGACCUGGUGCUGGCCAACGCCAUCUACUUCAGGGGCAAGUGGGACCUGCCGUUGUACGAGAGCUCGACCAAGAACAGGCCCUUCUACCGGCUCGACGGCACCGCCGUCGACGUCCCCUUCAUGUCCAACUACGACCGUCACUUCAUCGCCGAGCACGACGGGUUCAAGGUGCUCCAGCUGCGCUACAAGAGAAGUUCAUGGUACCCUCGUAGUCAGAACCACGGCAUGUCCAUGUGCAUCUUCCUCCCGGACGCGCGCGACGGCCCGGCGAGCCUGCUGGACAAGAUCACGUCGGCGUCCCCGGCAGGAUUCCUGCGCGAGCACCUGCCGAAGAGGACGGUCUCGGUCGGCGAGUUCUGGGUGCCCAAGUUUGAGCUCUCCUUCCAGAGCAACCUCGUCGGCGUCCUCAACGACCUGGGGCUCCGGCUGCCCUUCACCCAGGAUGCGGACCUCUCCGAGAUGCUGCAAGAGCAGGACGGCUCCGGCUCCGGCUUGCCGUUCCUCGUGCAGGACGUCUUCCAGAAGGCCGUCAUCCAGGUGAACGAGGAAGGAACCAAAGCCGCCGCCGUCACCAUGUCAUGUUUCUGGAAUCCGUCAGCAGCCCCUCCUAUCUUGCAACGACAGGUGGAUUUCGUGGCCGAUCACCCGUUCGCCUACUUGAUAGUGGAGGAGGCGUCGCACGCCGUGCUCUUCGCGGGGCACGUCGUCGACCCCGGCAACGGCGCCGCGGCGGCGAUCCCGUCCCCCGCCCCGUUCCAGGAGCGCGCCACCACCAAAAGAGAACCUGAAAACGAGGUGAUGAACGAGCAUACGGGUUAUGCUCCCGUGUAUUAUGUUCCCAAACCCGUGUCGCCGGUAUGCGAUCCAGUAUCGCCGGUAUACAGCCCAACGUCGCCGGUAUACCAUCCAUAUUGGCCGGCAUACAGUCCAUGUUCGCCGGUGUACAGUCCAGUACCGCCGGAAUUUCAACCGGUACUUACUCCAGAAUCGCCGACAUACAGAUACAGCCCUGUAGCUUACAGUCCGCAAUCGCCGGCGUACAAGCAUCACCGCCAGAGUGCAAGAACCUCUCCCCAUGCAGUCCAGAGGAAGCCGCGACGGGGGAAGAGGAAGUGCCCUCGGAGAAAACAGAGCAAGUAG